CCCACGCGUCCCGGUGUCGUGGGCGGAGGGCGCCUGGGCUUGUGGGGCGGCGCCCCCCAUCCGCCUGUGUCGGCGGUGCACCACAGCCUCACCGACUUGGCCUCAGACAAUCCGGGCCACAACUAUGCCCCCGCCCGCACCACAGCCGCCCAGGCCGCCUUCAACGGCGCGCUGGCAGGGCGCCGCCCAGGGCACCACUACGGGGGAAGAGUCGGUGACCAGUGCGGGGGCGGAGGUCACCUUCACGACGGCGGCGGCGGCGGCGGCGGCGGUCAGCAUGUGGCAGCAGGACCCCGGCGCCGUGCACUACCCCGGCUACGUCCGGCCGCAGGACUUCAACACACUGCCCCGCGGGCCGCGCGACGUGUCCCCGCGGCAGGAGCCCGGCGACGAGGACGAGGAGCGGCUGGCAGCCCUGGUGACCAGCGUGGAGGCGGCGCUGCGCAGAAUUCAUGCGGGGCUGCAGGAGUCCUACAUCAUGUAUGAAAACCCCGACGACGAAGAGGACCCGCCGCCCCCGCAGCCCGUCACUGCCUCACUGCGGGACCCUCCGCCCUCCCCCGUGCCGCCCCACGAACCCCCGGGCUCGCCGCCCCCGCCCGCAGGCCCACAGGGACCCAUGCCGCCUACCCCACAGGGCGGCGUUGGGGGCGGCGCGCCCCGCCUGGUGGGUCCCGACAACGCGUCCAUGCUGUCCCGGCAGCUGGGCUUCAUCCCCAUCCAGGAGGGGGCGCCGCAGCCCCCCCAGGGCUCGCAGCCCGCGCCCCGCCACGCCGAGCGCCACCACCACCACCACCACAAGCUCAGCAAGAAGGUCAAAAAUCAUAAAUCAAAGGUGCUACUGUCUGGCCUGAUGACAUGCCCCGGACCCGGCUUCAAGCUGCUCAACAUCACCCGCGACUCGAAGUCCGGCCAGGGCUUCGGGUUCUCCAUCAAGGGCGGACGAGAGGCGGGGAUCGGCGUAUACGUGUCUCGCGUGGAGCAGGGCGGGCCGGCAUGGCGCGCGGGACUGCGGCCCGGGGACCUCCUGCUGGCCGCCAACAACACCAACUUCUCCUCCGUCACGCACGCCGAGGCCAUCGCGCUGCUCAAGUCCGCAGAAGAAGUGACGUUGACGGUGGCCACGACGAGCCAGCUGCCCUCGUCCGUGGUCGUGGCGCAGACCUACUCGUGGGUCACGCCCGACGGCCGCCCCACCAGCCCGCCGCCCGAGUACAACCCCCGCCUCCACCACCACCAGGUCUCCAGGGUGGAGGUGGAGGUGGUGGGGUCGGAGUCCCUGGGCCUCAUGAUCCGCGGCGGCGUGGAGUAUGGCCUCGGCAUCUUCAUCACUGGAGUGGACGAGGAGUCAGCCGCCCACAAGGCCGGCUUGCAGGUAGGUGACCAAAUCCUGGAGGUGAACAAGGAGAGCUUCCUGGCGGUGACCCACGACACAGCCGUCAACGUGCUCAAGUAUUCACGGCGGCUCCGGCUAGCGCUGCGGCGGGUCGGCAAGGUUCCGCACUCCUGCACCACCUACGACCGGCGCUGCUGGCCCUCGCAGACCAACGGAGAGACGUCGGCGGAGAACAUGGAGGCGACGCUGGCGAUGAUCGAGGAGAAGUCCCAGCGGAUGUUGGGCCGAGGCCACCACGCGCGCCUCAAGGAGGUGGUGAGCGACUACGCGGCGGGAAGGAUCCCCGUGGAGCACCUCCUCAUCACCACCAGGGACCUCCUCAACUCCCCGGACAAGCUAAGCCUGCUGACGGAGAUCCGGGAAGUGGUGCGCGCGGAGGACCAGGACAAGUUCGACGCCGCCGUGUUCCGCCACGGAGGCCGCCCUCAAGAGAAGACCGAUGCUUAUGGUGAAAAAAUCUCCACCAUCUCCAAUUUGGAUGACUAUAUCGACAUAUACAACAGCAUGGACAUCCGUGGAGACGGAGGGGAAGAAGAGCUGAUGAGUGACCACCGGGUGACAGAUGUCGCUCAGAGAAUCAACAAGACUCCUAGCGAGGAUUCUGGCGUGGAAAUGAGUAACGGUGCGCUGGUCCCGAGGAGAGACGUCGGCAGGGCUCUCGGAGAAAGAAAACGAAGUGGCAUUUUGAUCAGAGAAAAUGGAAGCACUAUUGAAGGGGUAACUUGGGCAGAUGACGAAAUGAACUUCAGAAUAAAUAAUGAAGAGUACGAAUUACGCAGAGAAAGGGAAGAAAGACUUUGCAUUGGACCAAAACAUCAGAAAAUUCUUCAGAAACGGUUUUCUGAAAGACUUUUACCAAACAGAGAAGAAUUAGCUGAUCAUAUUCAGCCUCAGCGGCGCCACAGUCAUACUGGCGAAAUCAACGGUGGUGCUUGCGUUAAAGCCUUGCCCAAACCUACCCAUAUCCCCUCCCACCACGCCCACCAGCAGAGGUCCACCCAUACGCACGCCCACGCCCGUAAGCAGUACGAGCCCUAUGAUAGCCCCCCCUCGAGGAAGCGCGAGGAAUACGACCUCCUCCCCACCACGAGGGUGAGGGAAGACUACAGCGCCCCCCAGGCACGGCUGAGGGAGGACUAUGAACCCCCGCCCAGGGGAAGGGACGAGUACGAUCCUCCUCCGUCGAGGGGCAGGGGCGAGUACGAGUCUCCGUCUGCUAGGGCAAGGGAGGAUUACGACCCUCCCGCUAGGGUGAGAGACACAAGAGAGGAUUACGACCCUCCACCGCCCAGAGUGAGGGAAGACUUCGAUUCGCCGGUGAGGAUGAGGGACGAGUACGACCCUCGACAAGGCCAAGGGAAGAGUACGACCCGCCCGCGAGAGUUAGAGAGGAUUAUGAACCUACAGCUAGAGUGAGGGAGGAUUACGAGUCUCCAAGUAGAGUAAGGGAGGAGUACAACCCUCCAGCUAGGGUGCGGGAGGAGUACGACCCUCCAGCUAGGGUGCGAGAAGAGUACGAUCCUCCAGCCA